AAGCAUAACUUUUGAGUGGAAUAACUAACAGAAUUUUAUUACUCCUACUUAAAACAUCUAAUCAAGUCACAGAACUACUUCUACUAGUUUUUUUUUUUUUUUUUUUUUUUUUUUACUUGACAUCUUAUAAAUUCAAAAACUUAGGGUUUUUUUUCAAAACAGAAAGAGUGCACAAAAAUAACACAAAUAUUGGGUUCUUAACAAUCCUUUUUGGGUUUUCAGAAAAUAAUUUUUUAAAGCUUUAAAUAUUAAAAUGGAAAGAUAUGAGCCAAUAAAAGAUAUUGGUUCUGGAAAUUUUGGAGUGGCAAGAUUGGUUAUUGACAAGAAGACUAAACAGCUUUUUGCAGUCAAAUACAUUGAAAGAGGUUCCAAGAUUGAUGCAAAUGUUCAAAGGGAAAUCAUAAAUCAUAGAUCUUUGAAGCAUCCAAACAUCAUCAAGUUCAGAGAGGUGUUACUGACUCCGACGCAUUUAGCCAUUGUGAUGGAGUAUGCUGCUGGAGGUGAGCUCUUCAACAAAAUAUGCAAUGCUGGUCGAUUUAGCGAAGACGAGGCCAGAUUUUUCUUCCAGCAGCUGAUUUCAGGAGUCAGCUACUGUCAUACCAUGGAAAUCUGUCACCGUGAUCUUAAACUAGAAAACACGCUACUUGAUGGCAGUCCAACUCCUCGUCUUAAGAUAUGCGACUUUGGUUACUCAAAAUCGGGAAUAUUGCAUUCACAGCCAAAAUCAACAGUGGGUACGCCUGCAUAUAUUGCACCUGAGGUUCUGGCGCGUAAGGAAUAUGAUGGCAAGAUUGCUGAUGUUUGGUCUUGUGGAGUGACGUUGUAUGUAAUGCUGGUUGGAGCAUAUCCAUUUGAAGAUCCUGAAGAUCCUAAAAAUUUUCGUAAAACCAUUGCAAGAAUAUUAGGAGUCCAAUAUUCAAUACCAGAUUAUGUGCGCGUAUCAACUGAUUGCAAAAACCUUUUAUCGCGUAUCUUUGUUUCCAAUCCCUCUAAGAGGAUAACAAUCCCAGAGAUAAAGAAGCAGCCAUGGUUUCUGAAGAAUCUUCCAAAGAGCUUAAUCGAAGGGGAGAAGAUGAACAAUGGAGAAAAAGCGAGUGAUGAUGAGCAAGUUCAAAGCGAAGAAGAUAUCAUGAAAAUCAUAGAAGAAGCAAGAAUACCAGGAAAAUCAACCAAAUCAUCAGAACAAACUACAGGAUCUCAAACACUUGAUGAUGAAACUGAUGAUUUAGAGGCUGAAUUGUUAGAUUCUGAUCUUAGUGGUGACUUUGUCUCUACUCCUAUAUGAUCAUUACACUUACCAAAUAGAAGUGUUAUACAUUAUUUUUAUGUUAUGUCGUAUCUCUUCGUUUCAGUUUGCUACGAUUGAUUCAAUUGAUUUGGUGUAAUGUCUUAUAAAAUUAUACAUGUAUAAAUAUAUCUAACUAAUACAACUAUAAACACAGCUACUUCAUUUCAUUCA